ACAAGAAUGGGUCAACUGUGUGGAAGAUGCAUGCAGGUGCUGCGGGACUUUGUGGCCUUCAUUCAGAGAAUAUCAUCCAACUUGGUACAUGGCAUCAAGGAAUGCUUCACUCUGAUAAGCAAAUCCUCCUGCUUAAAACAAAACAGCUCUAAAGCCAAACAGCUGUACAAGCCCAUCCUGCAGCCUCAUGAGCGGGUGACAGCACAGGAGUUUCUACAGCAUAUUGAAUCAGGUUUUGAAAUGUCACCACUUGGAAAGGACUCUCUGGAAGCCUUGAGGACCUUAGCCUUUUCAGAAAACCCCGGUUUACAGCAGUCUGCUGCCCUCUAUUAUUUGCAUAUGAGUCAGCACAUGAACAUCCCCCUGCCUGUGGAGCAUCUGGAACCCUUCUAUGCCUUACUGCGAUCUGCUGACCUGGAAGUACAGCAGAUGUCUUCCCUUUCCCUUGUCAACUUCUUGCUGGAAGAAAAUAUUGACAAAGAAUUAGUUGUCCAAAUGGGUUUACUUGAGCCAAUUCUGGAUCUGCUUGAGUCAGAUGAUCCCACUGUCCAGUGUAAUUCCUGUGCCUGCACCAUGACUUUGGCUGUUUCAGAGUCCAACCGAGAGGCUAUUGGCGCUGCUCGAGGAAUUACACCCCUGUUGUCUCUUGCCAAUUCCUAUGAUCCUAGAGUCCAACAAAAUGCAGUUGGUGCUAUUCUCAACCUCACACGGUCAGAGAAAAUCCAACAGGUCCUGUGCAAAGAAGGAGCCCUACCAGUUCUUGCCUUGCUGCUGGAAUCUUCUGAUGCAGAAGUUCAGUACUACAGCUGUGCUGCCUUAAGCAACCUGGCAGCCAACAUUCAGCACCACAAAGCCAUGCUGAGACCUGGCAACAGAUUCCUGCUGCGGACACUCAUCUCUCUCCUGUCCUCUUCUGUGGACAAGGUUUCAAGCCAGGCAUGUGUUUGCCUAAGAAAUUUGGCUACCAGUGCGGAUAUCCGGGCUGAGAUGGUUGCUGCGGACGUGCUGCCCCAACUGUGCUCCCUGCUGGCAGCCGGCAGCGAGGAGGUGCGCCGUGCUGCCAUCGCCUUGCUCUGGAUUCUGUCCCAGCACCCGCACAACCAGGACACUCUGGCAUGUGCUGAGCUAUUGCAGAGCCUGGGGGUGCUCCUUUUGGCGCAUAAAGCAGACCCUGUGAUUGUUGGCCACGCUGCUUGUAUCAUCAGAAGCCUGAGCCUUUCCAAAAACAGACAGACAAUCAUUGAGAGUCCAUGUAUUGAAGGUCUCCUCCAGACCAUGCUUUGUACUGACACUCAAGAAGACUCUCUUCAUUAUGUGACAUCUUGCCUUGCUGAGCUAGCAAAGCAAGAAGGAGUCACGUUGCACAUGGUCCAAUGGAUGGACGAACCAUUGACAAAGUGCUUGGUGAGACUGGCUGGCCAACUGGAACAUACUGAGCUAUCCUUUCAAGUUGCCUCCAUCAUCCAGCACAUGAUAGGUCAUGAAAAAAUGAUGCACUUGUUGAAGAGCCACGUGGCAGAGAUUGAGGGCUACCUCCAGCAUUUCCUUACCCACCAGGAGAUCCGCUUCCAGCAGCUGGGCAUCUCUACCUUCUGCAGGCUGCGAGAAGAUCCAGAAUUUUCAUUAGCAUUCAGAAAAAGCCAAAUGGCCAAACUCCUUGAUCAAGUCCGUCAACAAACAGAAGAAACUCAAGAGCUCCUUAGGGCAGCUGUUUGCCAUGAAGACAGUUAAUAUUUAAGCUGCAUGGCUUAUGAAAACUUACCAGAUCCAAGAGCCUGAACUUUUAGAGAAGACCAGUCCUUUCAUUGGUUCCUGUAGUUAAAGUUUUCCUUACAGUUCCCGUCAUAUAAAAAGAGAAGUUUCAAUAACAACAACUGGAGCAGGUCAAAAGACAAUCCCUUGGAUGCUUUGGUUGGCUGCUUCAGGACUACAGCUACAUUCUUUCCAACUGUUUGGAAAGCACCUGUUAUGCUUGGGUAAUCUUCUGUGGUUUGGUUUUGGUUUUCUCACCACCACCUCCAGAAAAACAGCAUUGUAUUUGUGAGGUUUUAUUCACAUAAUAGAGGCGUCUCUCAAGUACACAGAUUCCCUUGCAUUCACUUUCAUUUCUGUUCCACGUCCCUUAUUUCAGAGCACACUCCAGGAACGUGGCUUUAGAAAAUGACUGAA